AUGGUCAACCACAUCAUAGUGCUCUCUUUUGGAAGAGAAGGCAAGAUCGAAACUCGGAGAACUGAUCGGAGAUCGGGUAUCAUCGAUCGGCUUAGGCUCAAGUCCCGGCACCAGGCCGAGCCUAGCGCAGUCGACUGCAUAUUGCGACACUGGUGUACUUCCGACCUUCCCGCUAAGGCGACGCGUUCCAUGAGCACGACGCCGCAUAGCCAAGAGGGAUCGGAUCGCGAACUGAAGGGGCCAGAGGCUCUUAAAGAUCCCGAAAAGGGCUCGCAGCCGGCGCUUUCCCCCACCGGUCCUGCUUCUUCACCACCCCCGCUUCACUUGCCCCCUGCCGCUUACCUUACCCUUGUGGGCGGCUGGCUCGCUUUGUUCUGCGGUUUCGGAUUCCUCAAUGCAUUUGGGGUCUUUGAGUCAUAUUACAAAGAGCAGAUCAUUCCCUCUACGUCCGAGUCGACAAUCAGCUGGAUAGGCUCCUUUCAGUCAUUUUGGAUGCUGGCCGCCAACGUUAUCGCCGGACCAGCGCAGGAUAAAUUUGGCCCCAAGCCCCUGCUCUUGUUCGCCGCAGUCUGCUUCUGCUUCAGCUGCAUGAUGGUCUCGCUCUGCCACCAGUGGUGGCAUCUCUUCCUGGCUCAAGGUGUCCUGCAGGGCAUGGCUCUCUCCAUCGGAUUCGCCCCACCGAUGGUCUGCGUGUUGCAGUGGUUCAAGCACAAGGGCCCCCUGGGCGUCGCUGUCAUCGUCUCGGGCUCCUCGGUCGGUGGUGUGGUGUGGCCGAUUGUCGUCCGAGCGCUGCUCAGCAACGUCGGCUUCGGCUGGACAUGGCGCGCUCUAGGCUUCAUCGGCGGCGGUCUGCUUUUGGUCUCCACAGUGCUGACCUCGCAGCCCGACAUGUUUGACGGGCAAGACGGUGAAGACGAUGUCGCCCACAACAAGCGCGGGCGUGUGACUAAAUUUCUCCUCGUCUCCUUCGGUCUUUACCGAUCGUCCAAGAAGCGACCACCAAAGCGUGCAUUCUUCUACUUUGACGUCCUCAAGCUGCUCUCGUUCCAGAUGACACUAGUCGCAUGGAUGUUCAUCUAUCUCGGCCUUUUCUACACGUUUUUCUACCUGCCCUCAUGGGGAAGGUUGUACGGCCUCAGCGAGGACAUGUCUUUCUACUCGAUCUCGAUCCUCAACGCUGCCUCUUUUUUUGGCCGUCUCUUCCUGCCCUUCCCCGCUCUCAAGGUUGGCGCUUUCAACGUCGCUAUUCCUUGCGCCCUGGCGAGUGCUGUGGUCGUUUACGCGUCCUUGGCUGUCGACACGUCUGCGGGUGUUCUGAUCAUCGGUGCCUUCUACGGUUUUACUUCUGGAGGUCUCAUUUCACUCCUCUCGCCCUGCAUCGCGCCGCUCUGCCCUGACAAGACCCGAAUCGGCUCUGCCGUUGGUCAAUUCGCUGCGAUGUGCUCCGUCGCCAGCCUGUUGAGCGGACCCAUAGGCGGGUGGAUCAUUGGCGCAGGCAAGACACCCCAGCAGGGCUUCCACGGUGCACAGGGCUUCUCUGCAGGCUGCCUCACCCUUGGUGCCAUUUUCUUGUUUGUCGCAAAGCUGGUCAUUAACCGCAACCCAUUAGGCAAGGUCUGACCAAGGUAUCAUAC